AUAGUAAACUUGAAUAAACAAAACUAAAACUAAUUACAUUCUGGUUUUAUUUUUUAACAAAUACAAUUAAAAUACAAAAACUAAAAAUUGAAAAAUUAUACAUAUAAUAAUAUUUUAAUUUUUUUUUAUCUACAUGGCACAAGAAAACCCAUAAUAUCUAUUGAUUCCGCGGGUAAUUGUUAAACAUACAUAUUACAUAACGUUACGUCACCACAUCUCUAUGACAUACAUGUCUCGUUGUAAUUGUCCUGGCCACGCGCUCUUCAUAAAUGUCUCUUGGCCACCCUGGACUAAGGAAGCCUUUGCUAAUUGUAUCCUAACUCUUUUUUUUUUGUUAAUUUAUAUUGCUAGGAGGCAAAUUAACUGGCCUCCAGAUGCACUUGAUACGAAUCAUAGGAUGAUCGGUUUGUUAUUUGGAAAGUAUAUAAUAUAUUUUAUUUUGAGAAUUGAAAGUAGUGAUAUAUGUCAAUGGUUGUUAAUUUAUACUGCUAGGACGCAAAUUAAUUGGCCUCCAGAUGCACUUGAUACGAAUCAUACGAUGCUCGGUUUGUUAUUUGGAAAGUAUAUAAUAUAUUUUAUUUUGGGAAUUGAAAGCAGUAAUAUUUGUCAAUGGUUGUUAAUUUAUAUUGCUAGGAGGCAAAUUAAUUGGCCUCCAGAUGCACUUGAUACGAAUCAUACGAUGGUCGGUUUGUUAUUUGGAAAGUAUAUAAUAUAUUUUAUUUUGAGAAUUGAAAGUAUAUAAUAUACGUUUAUGUCAAAUGUAGUUUAAUACAAAUAAGUGGUCAUUCCCGCUCCACAAGAGCAUAGUAACGAGAAACUCCUGAUCGUAAAUCUGGAUAAUAUCUACAUGGUGUUUUUUUUUUGCUAACCGAGUAUCCUGGCCCCACUUAGAUGGUCCAGAUUAGAGACCGAAGUGAGCAAGGACGCUGCCAGGGCGUCACCAUGUGGCUCACUGUGUAACGGUCUUCGGUCUCGGAUGCUGCAGCCCAUAUGUAAAUUCUGCAGUGGCCAAACCUACAUGGUGUUUUGGGACAGAUUGCAAAUAUCCGAUCGCGACGAAACAUUGCGAUGGACAAUGGAGAGCACUCUACAACAUUCAUCGUGCCAACGUUUUGGGACAGAUUGCAAAGAUCUGAUCGUGAUGAUAAAAGAACCUCAAGCUUGAUCAAGUUUUGCAAUAGAAUUGGAGGCUAUUAGAACACUGCAUAUAUGUUUUCAGACUUCGAGAUAUUUCAUAUUCCAAGAACAUAUAAUGAAAUUUUGGAUUCUUUACCUAAGAUUGCGAGAUAUUUUCAUAAAUAGCUUUGUUAUAUUGGUUGUUCUAUUCCGGUCUAGUUAUUCAAACUAUUUCAAGUUUGAGUACUAAUAGUCGUUCGUUGUAAAAAAAAGUGAUGGUCUGAAUGUUUUAAGUGAUCUUUCCAUUUUUAAUAUGUACAGUAAAUAAAAUAAUAUGUCAAGUGGAACUCACGUAAAAUAUUGUUAUAGAUAAUUAGCACAAAACAUGACUGUCUGAAAUAUUAUAUUAGACUGCCGUCCGAUUCGUAUAUUUUCAUUCCAUUUCAAUCUCCAAUCUUCAAAGUCAGAUCUUACCAAGUCAAAAAAAAAAGAAACGUCAGAUCUUUCCAAAUCAUAUCCGGAUCAUACAAACAAACAACAUUUUAAUCGCUAUCGCAAGUAGCUGUCACUAGCGUAACCGUUGACCAUAGAUAUCAAUCCUACAUUGCUUUAGGAGAACCUAACUGGUUGAAGGAACUCAUUGCGUAUGAAGCAAGGAACGAUGCUCCGCUUUCGUAAAUGGUAACACCACCGUCUCACUUCCCCUGUGUAGUGAGUGGUUGUUUAAGGUGUUGUGUCUUUGUGACAACCAUUUUUCUUGUUUAAACUUCACCUACCUACUGGUAUGGUUUUGUGUUUUGGUUUUAUUUUUUAUUCCCCCCGGUGAUACCUUGUUUUGAUCAUUGCCGUAAAGGCUUAAUAAUAUUCAGUGUUAUAAAAAAAAAGUAGCUGUCGCUAGCGACUACCAAAACGAACAUGGCCUAAAUUAAAUAGAUCACAGAUGCACCCAUAAAACGAGAUAUACUUUUAAAAGAUUGUUACAGGAACAUGUGUAUAAAAAGAUCAAUCGUCGUCUGUACACCACACAAACACGUUCUAUACAAAUUACAAACAGAAGGAAAUAGACAUGGAAAGCGAAGACAGUUUAAGUCCCUUGGUCGUUGAGAAGUCAGAAGUGGUUCUAGUGAAACCCUCAAAGCCAACACCUGAUGUCUCUCUGUCUCUGUCCACCCUCGACAAUGAUCCUAUGGUGGAAAGCAUCGUCCAAACCAUAUGCGUAUUUGCCCCUAAACCCUACCUUGAAGAUCAAGCCAACCAUGAUCUGGCUUAUCUUCUACAGCAUGCCCUCUCUCAUGCCCUUGUCUAUUACUACCCUUUUGCCGGAAAACUUCACCGGAAAUCCGACGACAAUAGACUUCAGCUUAAUUGCAAACCCGGAGAUGGAGUCCCCUUUAUAAGGGCAACGGCUGCAUGUACCCUCUCUUCUCUCAAUUACUUGGAUAGUGCUGGUGACGAAGCUUACCAACUUGUGCCUUGUUACGAACCUGUGAAAGGUUGUCAAGGAUAUGACCCUCUGGCUCUACAAGUCACCAAGUUUGCCUGUGGAGGAAUCACUAUUGGAAUGGCUCACUCCCAUUCCGUCGCUGACGGUGUUGGAGCGGCUCAGUUUUUCCGAGCGAUGAUCGAGCUUGCCUCUGGAAAGACUCAACCCAGCGUCAUUCCCGUAUGGGAGAGGGAAAGGCUCACCUUUAAUGGAGAUAUAGGAGGCGUCGUCGAUUUUCCGGAGGCUGGCUCUUUUAUUGCAACUUCCGCGAAUACAUUGACUGGUGACAUGGCCCGUGAGAUCCUGAACAUUACGUCCGAAGAUAUCAUGAAACUCAAGAAAACAAUAGCAAAUGAUGAGCAAAUUACAAAUGAGAAUGAGGAGAAGGUUGUGGUCACAACUUUAGAGAUUAUUGCGGCCCAAGUCUGGAGAGCACGAUGCCGAGCCCUGAAGAUGAGUCCAGAUGAGGCGGUUGUUUUGGGUAUGGCCAUUGGCAUCCGCAGCUUUAUAGAGCCCCCAUUACCAGAAGGUUACUAUGGCAAUGCCUUGAUCAGCGGCUCUGUAGCAAUGACAGCAAACGAGCUGACUAAAUCUUCGUUGUCUCGUGUCGUGAGGCUCAUAAAAGACAUGAAGAGAGCGGCGCUAGACAAGCGGUACGUCUUUGGGAAGCUUUGCGAGAUUGAGAGAAGGCUGAAAGAUAUGUCAUCUACGAUAGGCAUCGGCAAAGGGGUUUUGACCGUCACGGAUUGGCGGCAAAUCGGUCUACAGUACAAUGGUUGGGGAGGUUUAGUGAACAUUAUACCUUUGGUUCCGAUGACAAUUGAUCUCUGUGUUUUAUUGCCGGCGUCAAAGGCGGACCCAGGGAUGAGCGGUGGUGUUAGAGUGCUGGUAACGCUUCCUAGGGAUGCGAUGGCCAAGUUCAAGGAAGAGAUCAAGCUUUCUACGAAUUAACGAUGAGGUCUUGCUUAACUUGAUAAUUGUGUCCAUGAUUCUUGAUUAUGCUUUGUCUUUAUUUUGAACAACUAUGUACUAAAAUAUAUGUGUAUUGCUUGAAUUGUUUUUACCUUUGUUUUGGUGUCCUCAAAUUUGAAAAUUUUAUGUUGAAAUUAUUUGGAAUAUUUAAAUCAAACGAGAUCCUCUUGGUUUGACUUCCACUUAGAAGAGAUUCUCUAUGAACCCAGACAUAUGAGUUUCGCCCCAAAACUCAUCGACGAAAAUUAAUUUCAGGUUACAUAAGGUCAUAGAUACCAUCACUCAUAGCCCAACUCACUCGUCUCCUCUUCCCCUCCAGUGGGGAAAACACCCAUGGGUUUCUGCGCUUGUAGGGAAAUCUUCUCAAUUCCGAACCUACAAAACAAACACCAAAAUGAUUAAUGGAGUUGCUUUGGUGACUAUCCCUGAAGAAGUUUUGAAGCAUUCUCACCCAUUAUGGAUAAACUAUGUUGUGGGAUUCUGCAUUGGAGACACACACCCUAUAUCGGUAAAGUCCAUGCGACAAUUAAUCGAAUUUGGACAUCGAGAGGUCGCAACCAGCCCGAUAGAGGUUCAAAGAUUGAUCCACAGUGACGGCUUCGACGGUACACCGUCAUCAAACCAGCAUGCAGCUGUAUUUUGGACACCCCUAGUUGUAGGAAGACAGGGAUAAUCCGAGCGGCUUUCACUAUUAGACACAAAGUAUCCCACAUCGAUAGUUGGAAGGGGUCAUAAGCAAUAUAUAAGAUAGAUGGGUCACUCCUCUUAUCAUCAAUUGGUUUUAGGUUGGAAACUCAUAAUAUUCACCACUGAUCAAUUAGUGGAGGAGGUUCCGGCCGCCUUGUCUUUCUUUCCCACGCUCUAUUACUCUAUUUGCUUAGAUCUGAAAGUCUCUCUUGUAAUUUCCCUGUAACCUAGCCAACAUCGUUUCUCUGGUAUACCAUAGAUUUGCCCUCUGGGCAAGUUAAUGAAAAUUUUAGUUUUUUUUUUUUUAAAUCCUAAAAUGGUGCUAUUUCGUAUUGAAGAUGUAAGUGCUAUGUCGAGAGUCUUGAAACGGGACUUCUGGCAUUAGAGCCAGCCCUAGGCCCAAGCAAAUGAAGCAUCGGCUUCUGACCACCAUUUUAAUAAGUAAAAACCAGCCACAACUUUUACAAAACCAUGUGUGUGGUCUAGUGGCGUGUUGUUUACCACCAUUGUUUAGGAAGCUGGGUUUGAAGCCAAUCAAGUGCAUAAUUAAUUUUUAUGUGAAAGUAUCAGUUCGUGAAGUAUUACAUGAGGUAGUAAAGAUGUGUGCCAUGAAGAUGGAGUUGAAUGAUGAGUGUGGUCUUGCUGAGCUUAGAAAAAGAAAGAGAAUAUGUACUUGAAAAAUAUGGACAUUUUCCAUAAAACAAAAAAAAAAAAUUUGUUUGAACAUGAAGUUUUCCAGUAAAAAAAAUGGAAAGUUGCAUUAAGUGUAUUUGGAAGACUUGAAGGAGACAUCAUCUCAUAUAUCUUCAUACCAAAAAAAAAAAAUCCACUAUAUCCUUCAGUAAUUUCAAUGUCCUUCAUCAUUUAAUGAAAACAUAGAAAUCAUAUUUUACCCUACUUACUUUUCGAAUUAUUAUUUAAAAAAAAUUCAAAAUUCAAAAUUUUACAAAAAUUCAAUUUUUUUUUUAAUUUCAAAUUUUAAUUACCGACGUACAAUUGGUCUGCUAGUUCUACUGAGGUAGUUAUACUGAGUUCUACCGAGGUAGUUAUACUGAGUUCUACCAGUUCUACUGAGGUUGUACUAAAUUCUACCAAUUCUACUGAGAUAGUUAGACCGAGUUCUACUAGUUUUACUGAGGUAGUUAUACCAAGUUUUAUUUAGUUAGUUGUAUUGAGUUCUACUAAUUUUACUAAGAUAGUUAUACUAAGUUCUACUAAUAAUACUUACAUAAUUGUAUUGAGUUCUACUAGUAAUACCUACAUAGUUCUACUGAAUUCUACUGAAUAAGUUAUCCUUAGUUCUACUGAUGUAGUUCUAACAAGUUAGUUUACUGAAUUUAGAUCUACAAAAAAGAUCAAAGGAACACAAAGCCAAAUACAAAAAUUAUAAACCCAUGACUUAAAUAGAAUAAGAAACAAACUUAAGUAAAGGAAAACCCAAAAUUAAGAAUAACAAGAAAAAAAACUAAAUCAAAGAAAAAAACCCAGAUUUCUUCAUCAGCAUCGUUUCUGGUUAGUCAUCAUUGGUGUCAAUUCAAGAAUAAAAGAUCCCAAAAUAAAACCAACCCAAAUUCACUAAAAAGGAUAAAAAAGGUAAACCCCUGAUUAAAAAAAACCAAGAAUUUUUCUUAAGAACCCUAACUCAAAAAUCCAUAACAAGUAUGACCCUAAAUCAAAGAAAAUCCAAAAUUAUUUGCCAACACUGUGAUUGCUCUUGUUACCAUCGAUAUGUAUUUCGUUUAUUCUCUAUGAAGUUGAAUGAAAAAAACCAUAAAAUUUUAUGAAAAAAACCAUAAAAUUUUAUGAAUGAAAAGACAAAAAAAAAACUGAAAGAGUCAAACGUAAAAGAAGGAAGGAAGAAAGAAGAAGAAAAAGAUACGAAUACGAAUAAACGUCUGAAGUAGUUUGGGGUGGAGUCUGAUGUUGACUUAGUUUGGUGGUGUCGGUGUUGACGCUUUGUAUGGUGAAGUUAGCCAUUGUGUGGAGCUCUUGGUGAGCAUGUUGUGUGUUGGAGUUGACGUACUCUUUUGAUGUCACUGGUGUGCGUUGGGUGCUGAUGUACUUGGUGAAGUACUUCCGAGAUGUGGAAAAAUGAAACCUAAAGUCAGAGGAAAUUUAGCACAUGCGGUUUUAUUGUGGUGUUCUGUGAAAAUUGUAGCUGUAGAAAACAAUGAGCUCUAGUACGCUGGAUGGUGCUCUAUGCAUGCGUGAUUGAUUUUUAUUUUUCGUAGAAUACUUAGAAAAGAGUGGUAGACACAAGUGUGUAUUGUAGCAUAUAGCAAUUAUUGGUUGUUUCUUAUUCUAAGUCAAUAAAUUCUGGACGAAAUCCCGAAGAUGUAGGAAACGAAUCCUAUUAACAAAUUUUGUGCGUUGUACUUUAUGCACUUGUUUUACAUCGACUCAUCUGCACUAACAAAACCAGAUUUACCAUAAAUGCCAAUAUGGGUCGAUCUAGAAGGACCACCAGAUCAUCUAUUUUCAGAACUUAGUCUGAGAUUCUUGACCCUAACACUUUGUAAUGUCUCAGGUUGGAUAUUGCCUGAAUUCUUGUUGUUACAAAACUGAAAAAGCCAUUAUCUAACACAGUAGAUCUAGGAACAUAGGAGGAAACUCUAAUUCAAGUGUUUUACCCUUGGCUAUUCUCACAAUGCAAUACUUUCAAACCCGAAAAAUUGCAUCAUCUCCAAGAAUGAACCGGAAAGGUCGAGAGAACAAAUUCCUCAUACACUGUGCCAACUUAAACAACAGUAUGUUAAAACAAGAAUUCUUCGUACAAAUGUUCUUUCAUAUGUUUUUAAUUUUUUACGAGAAAUACAAGAAAUUGAGCAGUUGUACGAAACAAUCCAUAGAAAACCAAUCCACCACAGUUAAAUUAGUUUAAACCACGAACACAUAGUAACAACUAUCACUUUGUGAAAGAUAUCUCUUUUGUCACACUUCUUAAAUUUUUCAUAUCACAUCUAAACAAUUAUCUUGAUGAAUGAAUAAAGCUUCUUGAAGAAUCAAGGGCGAACAAUUACUAAAGAAAGAGAUAAGAUUCAAUAACCAACGUGUUAUAUUGAGAUUCUGCUUCCAAAAGAGACGAUUUAACACCAGAUGAUAUAUGUUUUUCAACAAUUACAAACCAAAUUAGAAAAAAAAAAAAAA